AGUUUAAAGUGAGAUAUGUUGAAAUGAAAGGAUUAGGAUAAAGACCUACCUAUGUUUACAUCUAGAAAGGGAGUACAAAAUCAUUUCAGAAAGGAGGCUUAAAAAAGAGAUCAAUUGCAAUCCAAGAUACUUUAAAUCAACGCUCAUAAUAAUUAUUAUCUUGAAACUUCCAACAAUAAAAUGCUUAAUAAAAUUCUAAAUCAUUGUCUGAAGAAAAUAGCAUUAAAAAUGGAUUAUAGAAUUCCUUAUCCUCAUCCAAUAAUAAUCUUAAUCAUUUAUAACAAAACCAUGAUCAUGAAGAUAGAUUGAGUAGGAAUACCAAAAAACCAGAACUUAUUCAACAAUUAGCAUGUGAAUUUCAUCAAAAAUUUCACUUAGAAGAAUAUUAACCAGAAGUAGACCACUAUAUUGAUUACGAUUAAUUAUUAGUAAUAAUAAUAUCAUUAUUUUAGAAUGUGAUUUUGCUAAAGAAUGAGAAUGGAUUAGAAGAAACCCUAAUUCUUUAAACUCGUUUUUAUCUUUGCUAAAAAGAUCAUUUAAUUCAAAUUAAUACACUUAUUUGGAAUA